AGCGUUCUAGUGGAGGUAGACAGCUUCUCAAGCCAGAAAAUAUCCAAAGCAAGCUUCCCAAAAGGAAAGAAGAAAAAAAAUGAGCACCAAGGGAAAGGUUAUUAAAUGCAAAGCAGCUGUUGCCUGGGAAGCAGGUAAGCCCUUGUCUAUUGAAGAAGUGGAAGUGGCUCUGCCUAAGGCUCAUGAAGUUCGAAUACAGGUAAUCGCCACUUCUGUCUGCCAUACUGAUGCUUUUAAUAUCGAUCCUAAUUUCAAGAAUGAUUUGUUCCCAGUGAUUAUUGGCCAUGAGUGUGCAGGAAUUGUGGAAAGCAUUGGACCAGGAGUGACCAACUUCAAACCAGGUGACAAAGUAAUUCCAUUCUUUACACCUCAGUGUAAAAAAUGCAAGUUCUGUCUGAGUCCACGGACAAACAUUUGUGGAAAAAUGAGUAAUUUGAAAACUCCUGUCUCUGAUCAAAAUCUAAUGGAAGAUAAAACCAGCAGGUUUACCUGCAAAGGAAAGCCAGUUUACCAUUUCAUGGGAGUCAGCGCAUUCUCUCAGUACACCGUGGUAUCUGAUGUCAACCUUGCCAAAAUAGAUGAUGAUGCAAAUUUAGAGCGUGUGUGUCUGUUUGGAUGUGGGUUUUCAUCUGGCUAUGGUGCAGCAAUCAACACUGCCAAGGUAAAUUAUUAAACAGUCCAGGGUUACAAACAGUGGUUCCUGGGAGGCAAUGUAAAGAAGCCAGCAUUAAUUAUCUUGCCUGUUUUGUUUCUUGCUCUGUGGUAAAUAAUUUAACUUCUCCAGAAAAUUACUCACUGAUAAUACUUAGGAGAAUAGUUAAAUUAUACCACCUAUGUAAAAUAUCUGGCCUCAUAGCUGGCAAAUGCUUAGCACCUGUUACAUGUUAGAUGAUAAAUCAUCC